AUGCGUCUUCUGGACACCCGCAGCUUCGAACUAGCAGAGUUCGUCGACAACGUCCCCAAGUACGCAAUUUUGUCGCACACAUGGGGCACCGAAGAAGUUCUCUUCGACGAUCUCCAGGGAGGAGGCCGCCCCUCAACCGGUGCUGGAUGGGCUAAGGUUAAAGGCGCGUGCGACCUGGCGCGCAGCCGUGGAUUCGCCUGGAUCUGGAUCGACACUUGCUGUAUCAACAAGAGUAGUAGCGCGGAGCUCUCGGAGGCGAUCAACUCGAUGUUCAAAUGGUACCAGCUCGCCGAGGUGUGCUUUGUGCACCUUGCAGAUGUCGGCUGGCACGCACAUUCUGCAGGUUGCAGUGAGAUGGACGAUGAGCGAAUACGUGGCAGCCGAUGGUUCACGCGCGGAUGGACGUUGCAGGAACUGCUUGCCCCUAGACGCGUUGAAUUCUAUUCCGGGGGGAGAUGGCGACUUAUCGCCACUCGAGCGGAGCUGGGUGCGGUCAUAACGAGCGCAACGACGAUCGAGAGCGAUUACUUGAACAAUCGCCCUUUGCACACAGCGAGUGUGGCACAGCGAAUGAGUUGGGCUUCCAGGAGACAGACGACAAGAGUUGAAGAUACGGCAUACUCCCUUCUGGGCAUCUUUGGGGUCAAUAUGCCCCUGAUAUACGGAGAGGGCGAUAGGGCCUUCCAGAGAUUACAGGAGGCCGUGAUCAGGCAAAUCGACGACCCAUCCAUCUUCGUUUGGGGUUCCAUAUCCGACCUGGACGAUCCGAUGCCCUCGAAGCUGCUCGUAACCGUCCCGAAGACUGUGUGGCUGGACGGAGACUUGUCUCCUGCUUUCAUCCGGUUUAUGGCUGGACAGAAUCGGUUUCACCUAGGAUCUGGGAUCGACCGCGGGUGCAUUGUGAGGAGCGUUCCGAAGGGAUACCGGGUGGUGGAUGUCUACCCGAAGAUUGACAAUUUCAAGGUCAGGUCAUCCAUUGUGCCCUUUGAGGAACGGAUCAAAGAGUCGUACGGCCUCAACUAUCCCGCCAUUCUUCUUCUUGAGGGAUCCUCGGCAGAUCCGCGCUUGGCGUUGGUGCUCCAGUUUCAAUACCUUUCUCGUCAAGACGGCUCCGCGACCGAGCCAUCUUUUGUGGGAUCUCCAGAGUGGAUGAUCAACCGCGUCAUUAUUAUGCCCAAGGAUAAGAACAUUAAAGAGAUAGCAGGGACAGUGAGGUCAGACGCGAAGCGGUGGACGGCGGAUGAAGUGCGAAAAAUGACAAAUUCAACGAUGCGGCCUGGGAAAGAUUCUUUAUCCUCACACCCGCCGAGUCAACUUGAGCUUUGUGACAAAUUUGAUGUCACAGUCUCACAGCACGAAGCAUAUGGAUCAAGAUUGUUUCUCGUUGAUGUGAAGGAUCCAUCGGUCGAGGACGAGUCUGUGGAAGCAAGGGUUGAGAGCGAAUUCCAGCUGACGAGGCGGUCGGAACAAAAAUAG